AUGGCAAAUAAUGAUGAUGGGUACUGGAUAACCCCUUUAUUUAGAGAAGGAAUGAUGAUAAAAAUAGAUGAAGCUCAACACAAGAGCUAUGGAGCUACACUAGCCAACUCCACUCAAGAAACGGAAAACUUAAUUUUCAACCAGUCGGCAUCUAAAGAUGAGUAUACGAAAUUUAUCGACUUGCUGAUCAUGUGUAUAAAUAGUAAAAAUUUUAAUGACAUUACUGAGCCUUGUGGAUCGUUAUCUGUUUCUGCAACAAGAGAAUUUAUCAAAAAUUUAAUAAUUGUCAUUGAUUUUUUUGAUGACACUCAGGGUGAUACAUUUAUUGAAAAUGUAAAAGCUAUUGCGUCUUCCAGUCAUCAAGAUUUUAGUACUGAAGUUACUGUAAAUCACCAAAAUAAUACAUCUCCAAGCAACGAAGAUCAGUAUACAGAAAUCGCAGAAACAAAUGAAAUAAAUGCUCCAAUAUCAAGAGUGUCUUAUAACUCCUCAGACGAUGACAACUUCCAACUUUUUACACCAGAAGGACCUCAAACGCCUGCCAACGGGUCCCGAUCCCGAGAAUCUUCUCCAUCUGAGCAAGAGCAAAGCCAAAAUAUGAGAAGAACUGACCAAGAAAAUAUUCCAGAAGACCCCAGCACUCAGAUCGAAAUAGAAGAGAUAGAAUUGAUCGAUCCCGGAGUAGAGGGUUCUCCAGGUUACCAAGAAAAUCCCAUGAACCCGAUGGAGCACGAGCACGGAAUAAUGGAUUUCAUGAACCAGAAGCUCGAUUCUAUAGAGAACACCAUGAAGCUGUACACCGAUGACCUUGGGCAGAUAAUCAUAAACAAUGUCAACGGGAAUGUCAACGUUAAAUUCGAUCAGUAUAAAAACAGCCUGGACACAGUCCGUAGGGAUCUGAAACGUCAGACCAAGCGCCUGGAGCGUAUUGAGAAGGAACUCAAGCUACGCUACCUGGUCGUCUACGGAGUUCCCGAAAAUGAGAGUAAUUAUUUGCAAUUAGAAAAAACCGUUUUGAAUAUUAUUAACAAGGAAGUUAAAGUUAGUUUGCUGCCAAACGAAGUCGACUCCAUCAGACGCUUCGGCAAGGAUAUUAAAAAACCCCGGCCGAUUGUCCUAGGGUUAACGACCCUCCGUAAAAAGAUGCUAAUCUUGAGGAACAAAAAGUUAUUAAAGCACUCCUCCGUUUCUAUCGAGAGCGAUUUUGUUAAAAAUACGACAGAAAUUCGUCGAGGAAAAGAUCUUUCUUUAUUACUGUAA